CUUCACUGAUUUAUCCCUCACCAAACCUUGAUUGCGGGAUGCCUUCAAUGAAAAGGAGUAAAUCCAUGCCGAGAGAUAGUUAUUCCAUCCAUCUACUCUAUAUCUUUUAGCCUCAAUUCUGCCUGGUUAAGAUACCUGGUAGUUUUGGUGUAGCCUGUAAGACCCUGCGCCCUAGGGCUGCAGAGUUAAGGGCUUGUCAAAUCCCCUUCCAGCAAUGAUGGGCGCGAUACAGCGGCACAACACUACGAACAGGGCUUGCUCCGGCUUGGCUUUAACAGGGGUUCUUGAAUUUUGUCUCUAUCCCAUCAAUUAUACGGGAUAGGCACUAAUACAAUUUCGACCGCAUUUUUCUGCUUGCUUAUUAGUUAAGUAGUCUAUCCCGCGCGCUCAAUCUCACCGCAUUCCCUGACUUUCUUUCCUGUCAUCUCUUGUCUAACUGAAUAUCACAGAGUACAAGCACAAAAGCAAGUUUCGAAACCAUGCAGAUUUCUUUCGGAAUCAUCGCUGCUUUCCUGGGCGCCUCUUCGCUAGUUGCUGCCUCACCAACUCAAUCUGCCGGUGAUCUCAUGCUACAUCUUAACAGCAAGGCGACGUCUGCACUAGAGAAUACCAGAGCACCGACAAGCCGCAAGAAGUGUACAAUCGCCAACGCCGAAGUACGCCGGGAUUGGGCAGCCCUCUCGAAGAAGGAGAAGAAGGCUUACAUCAAUGCCGUCUUAUGUCUGCGAAAGAAACCUUCCAAGGCGGACCCUUCUUUCGCACCUGGCGCACGCACUAGAUAUGAUGAUUUCGUCGCUGUCCAUAUUAAUCAGACUCGAAGCAUACAUGGAACAGGAAAUUUCUUCACCUGGCAUCGAUAUUAUACUUGGGCCUAUGAAAAAGCUCUGCGAGAUGAGUGUGGUUAUAAGGGCACCCAGCCAUAUUGGAAUUGGUUUGAGACUGGCGACUUUGCAACCAACCCUGUCUUUGACGGUUCCGAGACCAGUAUGAGCGGUGACGGCGAGUUCUUCAAACACAACGGUUCUAUUUCCGGCGCAGGAGCCAUUUUUCUUCCGAGUGGUAACGGAGGCGGCUGUAUCAAGAAAGGUCCCUUCGCCGGUGCAAUCGCCAACCUUGGACCUCCCUCUCCCGGUAUGGAUGGAAUGAAAGCCACUACGACGCCUCUCGAGUAUAAUCCCCGCUGUAUACGUCGAGAUCUUAGCCGUUACACCAUUGAGAAGUGGAUGACCCUUCACAACUUAUACAACAUCACUCUCGGCGACGCUUCGCAUAGCGUCAAGGCUAUGCAGGAUGAAUUUCAAGGACGGUUUGCGGAUGGAUUCUUGGGCUUGCAUGCAGCUGGUCAUUUUGUCAUGGGCGGUGACUCAUCCGAUCUCUACUCUUCACCAAAUGAGCCUGCUUUCUUUUUGCACCAUUCUAUGGUCGACCGCGUAUACUGGAUCUGGCAGGCCCUUCACCCGAAGCAGGCUCGAGACAUUGCUGGCACUAUCACUAUUUCGAACAGACCUCCUAGCCGGGACGCUUUGAAGUCUGAUCCUCUAAAUAUGGGAGUUAAUGCAGCUGAGAUCACUAUCGAUGAUGCACUUGAUACUUUGAGCGGCUCACCCUUUUGUUAUAUCUAUCUCUAAGAG